AUGUCAAUCAAUUCCUCUCUUGACCCCCGCUCCGAUAACAACCACUAUUCUCGCUCCCCCGUCAUUAUCAUUGGUGCAAUAGCUGGCAGCCUCAUCUUCCUAGCAAUGGCUGGAAGCUUACUAUAUCUCUUCUCACGAAAAGAACGGGCCAGAAGAAGAAACGUCCAACAAUCCGAGGAUCUCUCCCCUCUCGAACCGCCACCAGCCUAUAAAACGGACGAACUAGGCACACCCAGAGGUCUCCACUCCCUACCCCGGCCCUUGUCUUCCUUUGCACCGGACUACAGUCGCCAGGCCCAGCAUGUGCAAGCGUACCAACAGCAGCUCUCUCGCACUUCAUACGAUCAACCCCCGGCAUACCCCACACUGCCAACAUAUGAUCCGUCACGAUACCAGCCUAUUCGGCCAACAUCCAUGGUGGGCGAUAUUAACGCCCACACCUAUACCUAUAACCCCACCAAUCAUGCCAAUCCACAUCCCGGCCCCUCUUCCCGCUUGAGUGCAGUUCACUACAGUGACGCCAGACUAGCAACAUCCCGGCCAGUUUCAAUGGCCGACCAAGGGCCUCCAAUUGGGCCCGUAGCUGUUCCAACCAGGUCGAGGCAUCAGCCAGCUAUACCAUCUCCACCGGAGCAGAACGUCAGACAGGAACGCAAGGAUAGGAGGGAAAGGAGUGCAUCUGAGCCAAUGAUGUUGGCCCAGGCCCCAAAACAACCUAAACCAGUUCUGUCGCGGCUGAUCACCAAUUUCCGUUGA